AUGCGGUACGAAGCAAAACCUUACUGUGACCGUUGCAAGAAAGGCGGGUUCCACUGCGACGGUUAUGUCAGCCACGUCGAAUUCAUAGAUGUAACUACUCGAUUGACUCGGGGCCGAUCUGCAGAACGAGAUCAGUCAUUGGUCACGUCAGUGCCAAAAGCGGAAGCAGCUCGGGAUGUUGGAGACUCAAUCUGCAUCAACCCCCAAUGGGAUGAGCAACACAUUUGUGUCUCGCACCUGGUCAAUCGUCUGUUUACGUGGCAUACAGAUGACACAUCCCCGUACUCAGCGUCCUGGGUUACAGUGCUUCUGCACCCCGAAGAUCCAACCGGGCUGUCUAUGACUUCGCUCCGUGCCCUGGCUACCACGUACUUUGGAAAGGUCCAUAGUCAUCCAGACCUAGUGCGGAAGGGGGCAGGGCUUUAUUCACAGGCGCUGCAAAGCCUGCGCGUGCAGUUGCAAUGUCCAGAUCGAGUCCUGGAAUCUGACCUUCUUGUCGCCGUAAUCUGCCUUGCAACUCUCGAAUCGGUUGCGCUCACUCAAUCCUCAGCUUGGCUCCAGCAUUAUCAGGGGCUGGCAAGAAUUACACAAUUAAGGAGGCCGCAUCGCCAUCAGUCUGGUGUCGGAGCUGCCCUUCUUCCUACGCUCAGGUCGUGUAUUGCAAUUGGGUACGUCGUUGAGAGAAAACGCUGUUUCCUUGAAGACCCUGCAUGGAAGAGCAUCCCGUGGGCUGGAAGACUGGACUCCAAGACGCGAAUCGACUACCUCCACGAUGUGUUUUGCGACAUUCCGGGUCUACUGGAAGACUUAGACCGAGUAAUCGCAUGGGACCCGGAUAUACCAGGACGGGAUGACUUCCUUUUCCAAGUGCGCCAGAGUGCACUAUCAACACUGGAAAUACUUUACUCCUGGCGAUGUAAAUGGCAAGAGGAUAACCCCAACACAGCGUUCUUCAUUUCGUCAAGCAAUUCAGGGUCUGAUGGCCUGCCUCCCAGCCCGUUCCAGACAGUCAUUUGGUUCACGGACCCCUACCGCGCCAACGAGCUGAUUGUGUAUGAUUCUGUGCUGCUUAUCGUCCUAAAGGCAGCGGAAGGACUCGGGCUGAAUCUGGGCGAGUCCCGUCCUUGUAUGACAAAUUCGGGCGACCUCCUCCUGCCGAUACAAAGUAACAGAAAGGAGAUUGCUGUCGAGGUGUGUCGGACGGUGGAUUACCAUCUCCACUGCCUGCAGAGGAGCUCUGGGGCGUUCAUGCUCUUAUUCCCUCUGAGUAUUGCCUAUCGCAAUCUAGAGCCCGACUCGGACGAAGCCAAAUGGAUGGAGAAGGUCAUGGCGGUGACUGCUGACAUCCAUGGAUUCGAGAUCGGUCGGCGUGAGAACAUGCCCCAGCCGAGAAAUGUGUCUGACUGA